CUGUUGCAACUUUCAGCCGGUUGCCAUUCGGAUCCAGUUUGUGUGCAUUAUUGUAUAAUUACUGCACCCAACUUCCUGAAACGUAACUAGACAUGUUACUCGCUGCUGCUUCAACGGUUGCCUCUGGCCCAGCUGUCGUUUUGAAAAAAAUCAAAGGCCCGGACGUCGAACAAUAUUUGCACUAUGUCAGCGGUGCGGCAGGUAUGCUGGCAAUGGCAGGCGUCGGAGUGGCCGCUGCCUCGGCCUAUUAUUUGGCCAACCGACCAAUUCCCACACAACCUCCUUUCGAUCUGGACAAUCAAACAAUUGUCGAGGGACCAGAGUUGAUCCACUACUCCCGCUUCGCCAAAGAAGGCAAGGAGAUGAAAUUCAUGCGGUACCUCUACGAAGACACCCGGACCCUCUACGACGUCUUCCGCCGUGGAGCCCGUGUUUCCAACAAUGGGCCCUGUUUGGGAUGGAGAGAGGAUCCCACUAAGCAGUACCAGUGGAUGCGUUAUGAGGAGGCCCUGUUGCGCGCCCAGAAUUUCGGCUCAGGCCUCGUGGCACUUGGCCUCAAGCCCGGACCUAAUACACUUGUGGGCGUCUACAGUCAGAACAGUCCCGAGUGGGUACUAAGCGAACAUGGCCUCUACAGCUACUCCAUGGUCAUUGUCCCGCUCUACGACACUCUUGGACCCGAGGCAUGCCGCUAUAUCAUCAAUCAAGCCGAAAUGUCUCUGGUUAUCUGCGAUAACGAAGAUAAGUGCAAGUCUUUGCUCAACAAUGCACCCUCCUGUCUAAAGCAGCUGGUCCACGUAAAACCAAUCUCCAAAGAGACAACUGAGUUAGCCAAGCGUAAAGGCAUCAACAUGUUGAGCUUUGAGUAUGUGGAGAAGCUUGGCGCGGAAAAGAAAAACAGGCCUGUGCCGCCUCAACCUGACGACUUGUGCACCAUUUGCUAUACGUCGGGCACGACGGGCAACCCCAAGGGAGUGAUGUUGACCCACGAGAACGUUGUGGCUGACGUCAGCGCCACGCUACUCCAAUUGGGCGACCAGAAACCCAACUGUUCGGACGUGAUGAUUUCUUUCCUCCCCUUGGCACACAUGCUCGAGCGCAUUUGCCAAGUCUCCGUCUACAUGCAAGGAGGUGCUGUGGGUUUCUUCGGCGGUGACAUCCGUAACCUGAUGGAUGACAUGAAAGCCCUUCGACCCACCAUCACACCAGCCGUCCCACGUCUCCUCAACCGAAUCUUCGACAAGGUUCAGAGUGGCUUGAACAGCUCGUCUCUGAAGCGAUUCCUCUUCAACGCUGCGCUCAGCUCCAAGGAGAACGAACUCAGGCGCGGUAUCAUCAGGAAUAACACCAUCUGGGAUAAACUCGUCUUGGGCAAAGUUCAAGAAUCCAUGGGUGGACGCAUCAGACUGUUGGUCGUUGGAUCUGCUCCUUUGGCCGGCUCUGUCCUCACUUUUAUGCGCUGCGCCUUGGGCUGCGUCAUUGUUGAAGGUUAUGGUCAAACCGAAUGCGUUGCGCCAACAACCCUCACCGUUCAGGGAGACUCUACUCCAGAACACGUUGGCCCGCCAAUUCCUUGCUGCGCUAUCAAGCUGAUUGAUGUACCCGAUAUGAAUUACUACGCUGCUAGUGGCCAUGGUGAAAUCUGUAUCAAGGGUACUAACGUCUUCAAAGGCUACUUCAAAGAACCCGAAAAGACCAAAGAAACACUAGACGAGGACGGCUGGCUUCACACUGGCGACAUCGGCACCUUCCUACCCAACGGAACGUUAAAGAUUUGCGAUCGCAAGAAGAACAUUUUCAAACUCUCACAGGGUGAAUAUAUCGCACCCGAGAAGAUUGAAAAUAUUUACAUCAAAAGCCAGUACGUCGCACAAGUCUUUGUUCACGGUGAAAGCCUCAAGUCGUGCACAGUUGCGGUCAUCGUACCUGAUGUAGAGAACGUCAAGUUCUACGCAGAAGAGCAGGGUAUUCCUGGGACACUGUCUGUGCUGUGCAACACCCCUGAAAUCAAGCAGCUUAUAUUGAAAGACAUCACAGAUCUGGGGAAAAAAGGCGGUCUUAAAUCCUUCGAACAGGUCAAAGAUAUCUACUUGCACCCAGAUGCCUUCUCAGUGCAGAAUGGUUUGUUGACGCCGACACUCAAGUCGAAGCGUCCGGAACUCCGCACUUACUUCAAACCUCAACUCGAGGACAUGUACAGCAAAUUGGACUAAAC